GUGAGGGAGGCUCAGCGUGGUUAGUAGAGACAGGAAGCCACUAGCCAGCCAGUGUACGAGUCCCUUGUGGUUAUGACCUGACGUGUGUACCUCCCUGCAGUUGUCUCCAUGUCUUCUUUACUAUUGAGGUGUUGAGUGAAGGGUGGGAACUUCAGUGUCGUCAAGAUGGUCGACGCUCUCCUACUUGUCUGCCUCCAAGUGGUAGCAUUGGGUGUGGCUUCCUCUCUUCACUUCCACGAUACCCCACCACUACCAUGGGAGAGUUCAAGGUGGUACUGGUGGCCUCCUCUUGUUGGGCAGGUGAAGGAGGGAGGCGUCGCCGCUGGAGCUGAGGACUCAAACACUCCGGCUGUGGCCACGCUCAAGGAAGAACACUCAGCAGCUGUGGCCACUCUGAAGGAAGAACACUCAGCAGCUGCCCACAACACCAUAACUCGAGUGAAACGACAAGACUUGAUAACACUGCCGACACCAACUGACUUGAGGAAGACGUCAACUGGUACCGACUACGUUGAUAUCGAGUGGAAGUAUGAAGGAGACCAAGGCAGUGUAGAGUUCCUGGUCAAAGUAUACUACAGUGGUGCUGAACGAGUUUUUGCCAAGGACCAGGUAGUACGAGGAACGUCAGUGAGAGUGGGCGGUCUGGCACCCAGUACAACGUACCUCAUGUCCGUGAGCGCCUUUAAGGCUCUCCCUAGGGGCCGCCGUGCCACCAGUCCUGACAGCCAAUUGAUCACAGCCAAGAUUCCAGAUCUGGUGCUGUCGCCGCCAAGUAACCUCAGGGUGACGGACUCUUCUCGCGACUUAAUCAACCUGGAGUGGCAGUAUGACGGAAACCAAAACGAUGUAGAAUUCCUGGUCAAUGUAUACUACAGUGGAGGAGUGCUGUUGAGGGACUUACCGGUGAAAGGUAGAACGUCCGUGACGGUGGACGGUCUUACGCCAGACACAGACUACACCUUCUCCGUGAAGGCUUUUAAGGCACUCCCACGUGGCCUCCGCGCCUUCAGUGACUCUAGUCCCACCAUCACCGGCACUACUCGAGUAACGCCUCGGCCAACACCACGCCCACAACCACCACGCACACCACCACCAAGCCCACCACCACCAAUACCACGCCCACAACCACCUGAAACCACGACUUCGCCAUCAAUACUCCGUCCUGAUACUAGGCCUCCAGCUGUAGGGUGUACCCACGGCAUGUGUUCCUGUCCCGCACCCAACCAACACUUCUGUGUCGCGUGUGACAGACUCAGCCUCUGUGAAAGAGUUGAGGAUGAAUCCGUGUGUAGUAUCGAGCCAGCAGCCAUGGGAGUGAACAUGACAGUGACGGUACUAUCGUGUGGCCCUCAAGUGACGCUGAAUCUUAGGGAUUUUGUACGUAGUGAUAAGGGACUGUUGUGUGGGUCAGCUACCGGAGUGCCUGUGGAUACGGUGGUGAUGGCGGAGUGUUGGAGAUCGGCUACCUACCUGUCACAGUGCCACGCUGACGGCAAGUGGCAUCCUUACGGCCGCCACCAGACUCAGGCACCGUCCUCACAACACCUGUGUCAGCCUCACGCCGUUAACUCUCUCGUGUGUGGUCGAAGGCCGCCCUAUCAAAACGAUGCAGUCCAAAUCCUCUCGACAAAGCCUCAAUGGCCAUGGCUGGUCGGGGUGUUUCGGAAGGAGAACUACGCCUGUACUGCCACCAUCAUUAGCCCUCGUUACCUCCUCACAGCUGCUCACUGCCUCACAAGGACGCAAUCAAGCUCUCGGGAGUUAGUUGACUUGAGGGAAUUAAUGGUUCAACAUCUUGAUACCAACGGCUAUGUCGUCAGGAAGUAUGUAAAGAGCGGGUACCUAUACCCCGGGUUCGUGGCAGGCAGAAGACCCUCAAUGGACGUGGGGUUGAUUAGCGUGGAGGAGGCUAUAGUGUUCUCCUAUCAUGUACAGCCUGCCUGCAUCCACACCCAAGGCUUUCCUUCUCAGAACAUAGCAGCCACCUUCAAACGCUCAAACCAGCAUUAUGGAUGGGAGUUAAUACUUCAACAACACGACCCUCGCUGUCACUCCCCUCAAGACGCGUGUGCCAAGUCCCUCAACCUACACGACACUCAGUUCUGUGCUACUGACGCAGAAUCUACAAGACGCCUGAGUGAGGGCUCCUCAGGUGGGCCUUACCUGGUCAACGUUGGGAAGGCGAGUAAGGAGCAGUGGUCGGUGGUCGGUGUGGUAUCCUCUUCCUACAGCAGAGACUCCUGUGACACGCCCCUCACCAUCUACUCUUCCCUGGCUGAAAUGAGGUCCUGGAUAUCAGAAUGUGUAGACGAGGGAAUCUGUUCCUGAUGUGUUGUCGAGGGUGAACUUGUCAUUAUGUAAAUGGUUGUGGGUGAUUGUCUCUUAUCACGUGUGACUAUUUGGUCAGAUAAUGUACUUUUGGUUGACCUUAACUUGUCAUAUAUGUACUCUUCACAGAUGUUUAUUAAAGGUUAAUUGGUC